AAUUAAAAAAAUAAAAAAAAAAUCAGAGCUGCAUCUAAUUAGAAAAUGAUUUCUUUCUCAAAGCGCCUGUGCGCAACUGAAGCGAUUGCAUUGGAGUGAUUUUUUUAACGAAUUUAUUCAAUUUUUGCACUUCUUGCACAUUAACUCUUUGAUUUUAGCACUUAUAAAUCCUAAAUUGCACAUUUUGUUUUUUGUUUGUUUUUUCCUCAGAUAGUCUGAAUCAGUCAUUUGCUCAGAGCUCUGCAGGAUUUCCAGAGAAAUUCCGUAAAUGUGAAGUUUUGACUCACUCCUUGGACGUCCCCCCCCCCCCCCCUCUCUCCCUCUCUCUCUCUCUCUCUCUCUCUCUCUCUCUCUCUCUGAGUCUCUGCCGAAAACAACAUUUGGAGGCUUCGACCGCUGAAUGUCUUCAGGCUGCACUAAAACCGGUUAGAAGAAAAGGAACCGAGCUGUAUUUACAGACAGAUGUCUGAGAGACAAUGUGAAAAGCUUUAGUUUAGAGUGUCAGAGGAGCGCACGGUAACCGGGGAAGAUGGCGAAGACGCGCACUGGCGUGUUUCUCGCCCUGGCUUUGCUGGGACUUUUCAUUCUCGACGUGAAAGGAGAGCUGCGGGGAGAGCAACAGGAGGAGGAGAAGGAGGAGGAGGAGAGGUCUUGUCACGGUGCCUUCGACCUCUACUUUGUCCUGGACAAGUCUGGAAGCGUGAAGAAUCACUGGAUAGAGAUUUACUCCUUUGUGAAGCAGCUGGCUGAGAAGUUUAUCAGCCCAAUGCUGCGAAUGUCCUUCAUUGUCUUCUCCACACGAGGAAACAUCAUCAUGAAACUGACCGAGAACAGAGAGGCGAUCAAUGGAGGCCUGACAGCGCUGAGAAAGGUUGUACCUGGCGGAGACACACUUAUGAACUUAGGCCUGGAAAUGGCUAAUGCACAGAUCUACAAGGAGAAGCAUGCCAGCGUGAUCAUCGCCCUGACGGACGGAGAGCUGAAUGAGUGGCAGUUUGACACGGCUCAACGAGAGGCAGACAGAGCCAGAUCACUGGGAGCCAUUGUUUACUGUGUGGGUGUUAAAGAAUUCAAUCAGACACAGCUUGCAACAAUUGCAGACACCGUGGACCACGUGUUUCCUGUGUGGGGAGGCUUCGAAGCCCUCGGGGGGAUUAUUGACUCGAUAAUCAAGAAGUCCUGCAUUGAGAUUCUGGCCGCAGAGCCGUCCAGCGUGUGUGCAGGAGAGAGUUUCCAGGUGGUGGUUAGAGGCAAUGGUUUUCUCCAAGCAAGAAACACUGACCAGGUCCUCUGCAGCUUCAAACUCAACGAUACACACACAGUUGAUGAGAGACCAGCCAGAAUAGAAGAUACCAUCCUGCUCUGUCCUGCUCCUGUUGUAGGUGAGGUGGGGAGGGUGAUCUACCUGCAGGUGACCAUGAAUGAAGGUCUGUCUUACAUCACCAGCUCUGUUCACAUCACUACCACUGAAUGUUUCGACGGGACCAUCAUGUUGAUAUCGUUACUGGUGGUGUUCUUGCUGUUGGCUCUGCUUCUGAUGUGGUGGUUUUGGCCUCUUUGCUGCACUGUGGUGAUUAAAGAACCUCCCCCACCUCCUCCUCCAGAACCAGAAUCAGAUGAUGAAGAUGGGAUGCCUAAGAAGAGGUGGCCUACAGUUGACGCAUCCUACUAUGGAGGAAGAGGAGUGGGUGGAAUCAAACGCAUGGAGGUGCGAUGGGGUGAGAAGGGCUCAACUGAAGAAGGUGCUAAGCUGGACAAACCCAAAAAUGCAGUUGUAAAGAUGCCAGAGCAAGAAUUUGAACCUUAUGAGCCCAAACCUCGCAAACCACCACGGCGCCCCCCACAGCAGAGGAGGUGGUACACACCCAUCAAGGGGAAGCUGGAUGCCCUGUUGGCUCUGUUCCGGAGAGGUUAUGACCAGGUGUCUCUGAUGAGACCGCAACCUGGAGACCAGGGUCGCUGUAUACGGUUCCAUCGGGUCAAAGAGGAGGAUUCCACCCCAAACCGGUCUCACCCUCCUACGCAUCACUCUAUGUCACCGCUCCCGCUUUCUGAUCAGCAACCUCUGGUUUCUUCUAUCCCACGCUCGAAGCCGCCGUCUAGGGGGCCCCGCGCCAUGCCACCUUCCCGGGCCCCCCCUCCAGUGGUCCGAUCCCCUCCAGGACCGCCUCCAGGUCGUGCUCCCCCAGGGCCUCCAGGGCUGCCGCCUUCACGACCCCUUCCUAGGCUCUGAUCACUCAAAAAAAAAAAAAAAAAGUAACCAAUGCAUCAAGUCGUCGCCAUUAAAUCCUGUCCUCCUUUCACCUCAAAGACUAAGACGACGGGUCGGAUUUGAAGCUCCGCGCUUUGUUGCUGGACAGCAAAAAUAUAUUUAUCUUUACAAAAUUCAGCUACUGAGUUUAUUCAAAUAUAUUCAACAAAAUGCCAACGUUAUAUUAAAAACAAAUUAUUUAACAAGAAGCCUAAGGAAUGUCUUGAUAAAUAUUGGUGGAAAAUCAAAGAAGGGGUUUUGUAUUUGCAGUAGAGGUGCAACUAACAAUUAUUUUUGCAAUCGAUUAAUCUAUUAUUUUUUUCCAUAUUAAUCAAAUAAUUUUUGAUUAUUUUCAGAUUAGUUGAAUGUGCCUUGUUUAAUUUGCCACUGAAUUAUAAUCAACCAACUUUCAACAUUGUAUUAAAAUUGUUUGUCAAAAAAGCAUUAACAAAUUUUUAAAAUGCAGCAUACAGAGGACAUGAAGUGCCAAUAAUUUGAAAAGGCAGGAUGGGACAAAAUACGGAAGAAAAUCUUGCACACAGCUUCUUCCUGAGAAAGAAAAAUGCUGUAUCCAUCAUUUUCAUUAUCAAUUAAUCUAUUUUCUAGAUUAAUCAAUUACAUGGUUGGCACAUAAAAUGAUGAAAAAUGUCAGUGUUUUGCAAAGUCCAACUUGACGUCCUCAAAUGUCUUGUUUUGUUCACAACCCAAAGACAGUUUACUCUCAGAUUGGGGAAAACAGAAAAUAUUCACAUUUAAGACGUUGACAUCAGAGAAUGUGGACAUUCAGUAAAAAGACAAUGAUUAAUUGAUUACCAAAAUAGUUGACAAUUAAUUAAAUAGAUUCAUAUUGAUUAAUCAGUUGUUGCAUCUCUAACUUACAGCUCAGAAAGGUUUCAAUGACGGUAAGCGUUGGUAUGAUCAGGGUUGAAUUUUGCAGAGCAGAGCAAUGUAAAGUGAAGAAUGUGGCACGUAUUCAAGUAGGUGGAGUCAACUGGACUUUAGUUCCUUGAAGAAAAGCUUGUGGUAUGUGUGGGGAAAGAUGAUUCAGUGUAGAUAUUGAUAGACUUCUUUAAAUAUCACAGCAGUUUGUUUUUUGCAUUUUCAUUGAGACACAGUUCACAGGUAAAGUGAGAUGAUUGCAGCUGCAGGACAGUUUCACCAAAUUUUAUUUAUUUUUCACAGGCCCUGUCUGCAUCUGUUUUCCAUUAUGGAUAUGACAUAAAACCUGUGCUUAAUCCAUAUAAUUUGCUCUGUCUCAACCAUAAGCAAAAACAAGAGCAGCAAAAUGUUAUGGAUUUCUGCACGUUGUUACAAAUCUUAAAGACUAUAUAGAGAAAGCCAUUAUACUUUUUUUUUUUUUUAACACUUUCCCAUGAGUAGCAUCGUACAUUUAUUUGUCAGGGUUCUUCUGUAAUUUGCAUUGACUGAAAUGAUCAUUCGCAUUAUUUCUGUUAGUAUUUUCAAUAAACCAAGUCUUUUUUAAUG